AUGGAUCCCGAGGCAUUCCUAGAUUUGGCCAAUCAGGUCAUAAAACUCAAAAUGUACCCGUAUUUCGAUAUAGCGCAUUCUUUGCUUUGCGCUUUAGCUGUCCGAGAAGAUUUAGGAUCUGGUGCUCAAGCGUUCUCUCGUAAACAUCCCCUAUCAUGCUGGUUGUCAACCAUGCUGGUGAUAUUCUCUGGUGGCAUGGUUGCUAAUGGUUUGCUAGGAGAACCUAUUCUAGCACCACUGAAAAACACGCCCCAACUAGUCAUUGGAACUGUGACAUGGUAUAUAGUAUUUUACACGCCUUUCGAGAUAGGUUACAAAGUGGCGAAGUUUCUUCCCGUGAAGAUCGUUGCAGCAGCCAUGAAAGAAAUAUAUCGCGCCAAAAAAGUAUACGACGGAGUGUCACACGCUGCUAAAUUGUAUCCGAACGCGUAUAUCAUUAUGAUCAUAGUUGGUACUUUAAAGGGUAAUGGUGCUGGAUUCACUAAGUUGGUUGAGCGUCUAAUCCGUGGUGCUUGGACUCCUACCGCUAUGGAAACGAUGCAACCCAGCUUCUACACCAAGGCGUCUUUAGUGGCGUCUAUCAUCUUCGUGUUGGAUAAGAAGACCGACCUCAUCUCCGCUCCACACGCCCUGGUCUACUUUGGCAUUGUUAUCUUCUUUGUCUAUUUCAAGCUGUCAUCCAUACUACUUGGCAUCCACGAUCCGUUUGUUCCGUUUGAGAACCUCUUCUGUGCUCUGUUCAUGGGCGGUAUUUGGGACUCGCUAGCUAAGCUGUUAGGCAAAGGUCAGCCCAAGGAAGAUAGCAAAGACGCCAAGAAGACUAAUUAA